AUGAUGUCCAAGUUCUUUGACGCAAUCGCGAAGAAAAAUCAGAGAGAACGUUGCCAGCGAGGACGUGCUGUGCACCUGAGCCGGCGCCGGUUCGCAAGCUGCAACGCAGGAAAAGUUUAUGGAGCAGCACCGGAAAAGGACAAACUGCCGGAGAGCAUCGGAACAUCCAACGCCAUCGAAUUCCACCGCAAGUGGAAACUUGUUCAUCUCAGCUGGACAGAUUGUUCCGCUAAGCAUCGUUCUCGCAUGGUUUUAAUUGGUUCGUCGCACCGCUGCUGGAAGUGUUGCAUUCCUCUUGAAGGACUGCUUCCUCCAAACGGGAUGUUGUUGCUGUGGGUGCCGCGGCCGUUCAACAUGCGUCGGGACAAUGUCGAUGGGUGAUCGAUGUUCCGCUGGUCAAAGGCUGGUGCUAGGAGUACUG